AUGUAUCUGUGUCUAUCUAUCUAUCUAUCUAUCUAUCUGAAUACGUUCACUUCUGAGUUUGUUCAGAUCUAUCUAUCUAUCUAUCUAUCUGAAUACAUCUAUCUAUCUAUCUAUCUAUCUAAAUACAUUUGUUCAUCUAUCUAUCUAUCUAUCUAUCUAAAUACGUUCACUUCUGAAUCUAUCUAUCUAUCUAUCUAUCUGAAUACGUUCACUUCUGAGUUUGUUCAGAUCUAUCUAUCUAUCUAUCUAUCUGAAUACAUCUCUAUCUAUCUAUCUAUCUAUCUAUCUGAUCUGAAUCUACAUCUAUCUAUCUAUCUAUCUAUCUAUCUGAAUACGUUCACUUCUGAGUUUGUUCUAUCUAUCUAUCUACGUUCACUUCUGAUUUGUUCAGAUCUAUCUAUCUAUCUAUCUAUCUAUCUGAAUACAUCUAUCUAUCUAUCUAUCUAUCUGAAUACAUCUAUCUAUCUAUCUAUCUAUCUACGUUCACUUCUGAGUUUGUUCAGAUCUAUCUAUCUAUCUAUCUAUCUGAAUACAUCUAUCUAUCUAUCUAUCUAUCUAAUCUAUCUGAAUCUAUCGUUCUAUCUGAAUACUUCUGAGUUUGUUCAGAUCUAUCUAUCUAUCUAUCUAUCUGAAUACAUCUAUCUAUCUAUCUAUCUAUCUGAAUAUCUGAGUUUGUUCAGAUCUAUCUAUCUAUCUAUCUAUCUAUCUGAAUACUUUGUUCAUCUAUCUAUCAUCUAUCUAUCUGAAUACGUUCAUCUAUCUAUCUAUCUAUCUGAAUACGUUUGUUCAGAUCUAUCUAUCUAUCUAUCUAUCUAUCUGAAUACGUUCACUUCUGAGUUUAUCUAUCUAUCUAUCUUCACUUCUAUUUGUUCAGAUCUAUCUAUCUAUCUAUCUAUCUAUCUGAAUACAUCUAUCUAUCUAUCUAUCUAUCUGAAUACAUCUAUCUAUCUAUCUAUCUAUCUGAAUACAUCUAUCUAUCUAUCUAUCUAUCUAUCUGAAUACAUCUUCUAUCUAUCUAUCUAUCUGAAUUUGUUCACUUCUGAUUUGUUCAGAUCUAUCUAUCUAUCUAUCUAUCUGAAUACAUCUAUCUAUCUAUCUAUCUAUCUGAAUACGUUCACUUCUGAGUUUGUUCAGAUCUAUCUAUCUAUCUAUCUAUCUAUCUAUCUGAAUACAUCUAUCUAUCUAUCUAUCUAUCUGAAUACGUUCACUUCUGAGUUUGUUCAGAUCUAUCUAUCUAUCUAUCUGAAUACGUUCACUUCUGAGUUUGUUCAGAUCUACCUAUCUAUCUAUCUGAAUACAUCUAUCUAUCUAUCUAUCUAUCUGAAUACGUUCACUUCUGAGUUUGUUCAGAUCUAUCUAUCUAUCUAUCUAUCUGAAUACAUCUAUCUAUCUAUCUUCAUUCUAUCUCUAUCUAUCUAUCUGAAUACAUCUAUCUAUCUAUCUAUCUAUCUAUCUGAAUACAUCUAUCUAUCUAUCUAUCUAUCUAUCUUCAUUCUGUUUGUUCAGAUCUAUCUAGUUUGUUUCACUUCUGAUUUGUUCAUCUAUCUAUCUAUCUAUCUGAAUACAUCUAUCUAUCUAUCUAUCUAUCUGAAUACAUCUAUCUAUCUAUCUAUCUAUCUGAAUACAUCUAUCUAUCUAUCUAUCUAUCUGAAUACAUCUAUCUAUCUAUCUAUCUAUCUGAAUACAUCUAUCUAUCUAUCUAUCUAUCUGAAUACGUUCACUUCUGAGUUUGUUCAAUCUAUCUAUCUAUCUAUCUAUCUGAAUACGUUUUCUGAAUCUAUCUAUCUAUCUAUCUAUCUGAAUACAUCUAUCUAUCUAUCUAUCUAUCUAUCUGAAUACAUCUAUCUAUCUAUCUAUCUAUCUAUCUAUUUUUUGUUCAGAUCUAUCUAUCUAUCUAUCUAUCUGAAUACAUCUAUCUAUCUAUCUAUCUAUCUGAAUACGUUCACUUCUGAGUUUGUUCAGAUCUAUCUAUCUAUCUAUCUAUCUGAAUACAUCUAUCUAUCUAUCUAUCUGAAUACGUUCACUUCUGAGUUUGUUCAGAUCUAUCUAUCUAUCUAUCUAUCUGAAUACAUCUAUCUAUCUAUCUAUCUGAUCUAUCUAUCUAUCUAUCUAUCUGAAUACAUCUAUCUAUCUAUCUAUCUGAAUACGUUCACUUCUGAGUUUGUUCAGAUCUAUCUAUCUAUCUAUCUGAAUACAUCUAUCUAUCUAUCUAUCUAUCUGAAUACGUUCACUUCUGAGUUUGUUCAGAUCUAUCUAUCUAUCUAUCUAUCUAUCUAUCUAUGUAUGUUCAUAUUUGUCUAUCUAUCAAGCCUGUUGCGCUAUUCCGGACUAUUGUUUUGA